AUGCGAACAAUCUUUGCUCUGGCAUCUCUUCUACCAUGCCUUCAUGCGAAGCCCACUGCGCAUCGAAGAGAUGUGAUCUCGCCUGUGCAGCCAAGGGACGCACUCUGCGGCAACAAUGGCUACGACAAGAAUAACCCGGCGGCCUUCUAUGUUAGCAGCAACGCCACCGAUGUGACCUCAACCGGCUGUGCAUCCCUUUGCAGAAGAGCACAAGGCUGUGCCUCUUUCGCAUAUGGCGCGGGAUACUGCUUGUUGUAUACCGCCCCUGUCGCCGACAACCUCACCCCGAACCCAUCCAGUCCAUACGUAUUCAAUGAUCUGGCUUGCAUUGCCUCAGUCAUCCCAACUUCCCUAUCAGCAUCCCUAUCGGCAGGGGUAACUAUCAGUCCACCAACGGCAAGUGUUGGAGGCUCGCAGACAUGCGAGGCAAUAACAGUAACCCUGCCAGGGUCUCAGCUUCCUGGAGCCACUUCGACAAUUACUGUUCCUGGGACCACAGUCACACAGACUCUGCCUGCGGCCCAGGUGACCACGACCACGACUGCUACUGAAACUCCCUCUGCUCUUACGAAACUGACGACUGUGACUCUUCCGGGAUCCGUGUCGACAUUGACGCUUCCGGCCGUCACAAGGUCUACUACUUUGACCCUCCCCGCCGCGACUUCUACUUUGACGCUUCCAGCACUCACUUCUACCUUGACACUCCCAGCCGUCACUUCCAGGGUGACUGUUAGUGCGACAAUCACCAAUACGGCGACGGUCACUAUUCGCUGCGUUGGUCUUGGACUCUUAUGCAGCACAGCCACGUGA